AGCCUCCUCCUACUCUCUUCCUCCUCCCCGACCCCGACCCGAUCUCCUCCUAGGUUUCGCUCUCCACCACCGCGGAACCAACCGGAAAUGGCGGCGGCGCGGCACCUCAGAUCCGGCCUCCCCCUCCUCCAAGCCCACCUCGCGGCCGCCGAAUCCGCCGCCGUCGCUCAGGUGUCAAGGGGGCUCGCGACGCAGGCGUCGAAGCCUUCCCAGAAGCAGAUCAAGGUUCCAGAGGCUCUGUAUGGCGGUACUGGCAACUACGCCAGUGCGCUGUUCCUUGCAGCAGCCAAAGCAAAUUCGCUGGACAAAGUUGAAUCUGAGAUCCGCGAUAUCGUGGCGGCAACCAAGAAGAGCCCUAUGUUUUCUCAGUUCUUGAAGGACUCGUCUGUGCCCAAAGAAACCAGGGUGAAGGCUGUAACUGAUAUUUUCUCUGAAGCUGGGUUUUCUGACGUCACAAAGAAUUUCUUGCUGGUACUGGCAUCCAAUGGAAGACUGAAGUUUGUUGAGCGCAUUGCGGAUAGAUUUGUUGAUUUGACCAUGGCACAUAAGGGGGAGGUUAAAGUUGUUGUCAGGACUGUUGUUCCACUUCCUGAGAAGGAGGAGAAAGAACUCAAGGAGACCUUGCAAGAUAUCCUUGGAAAAGACAAAACUAUCUUGGUUGAACAGAAGAUUGACUACAGCAUUAUGGGAGGACUAGUGAUUGAAUUUGGGCAGAAGGUGUUUGAUAUGUCGAUCAAGACCAGGGCGAAGCAAAUGGAGUCUUUCUUGAGGCAGCCCGUUGAUUUCUAACUGCCUUUUGGAUCAAAAGCAACGCCAGAGUUGAGUGGCUGUGCUGCUGAAGGUUCCCUCAUGUCUACUUCUUCGACUUGGCCUUGAAAUAAAAGCUUUCCUUUAUAAGAGAACGGCACUAUGCUUUAUUUUGUCUUGAGGGCUGGAGGCCCGCUGAACAAUCUUAAUUUCCUUUCUGCCAAAAAAAACGUGGAUAAAACAUGAAGAGAGGCCAUGGAAAGUUUUUAAUUCAAGUGUUUGUAAUCAUCUGUUCAA